GCAGGACCCAUCACUAGUGUGAGCUGUGGCAGUAACAAUGGCUUCAGUUCAGUAUCUGAGAGAGUUUAUCAACGAGCGACUAACUGCUGCUGCUGAACAAAUAUUCUUGGAGUUUGAAAAAACGAUCGUCCAGUACGAGGAAGAGAUCGACCGUCAGCGCAGACUGCUGGAUAUCACCUGGAAACCCCAAAUCAAGCUGCACAGGACAGACGUCCCACAGCAGCCUGUCUGUGAGGAGGAGGUUCCCCCUGAGCAGCAGCUCUGGAACCAGGAGAGGAGCUCCAGUGUGGAGCAGGAGGAACCAGAACCUCCACAGAUUAAAGAGGAACAGGAGGAACUGUGCAGCAGUCAGGAGGGAGAGCAGCUGGGACUGAAGGAGGAGAUUUAUAGCUUUAUGGUGCCUUGUAUGUAUGAGGAAAGUGACGACAGUGAAUCAGAACUCCUCGGGGAGCAGCUCCUCUCUCCCAGCUUUCCUGUGGCUGAGUCUGAGGAUCAUGAAGGAAGCAAAUAUAGAGAUUUAGGAGUAACUGAGAAUGCAGAGGUGAAGCCAAAGAAGAGAAAUCACAGUGAAAAUGCAGAGGACCCUACUAUGCCAGCAAGUCAGUGUAACACUGGCACAGGUAACAAGUCUGUAUCGUGUGAUGUUUGUGGAAAAGCCUUUAAGAAAAGGUACCAAAUGAGGAUUCAUCAGAGAAUCCACACAGGUGAGAAGCCGUACCUUUGUAAAACCUGUGGGAAGGGAUUUAGUGACCCGUCAUCGGUUAAAAAGCAUAAGGCGGUCCACACAGGGGAGAAGCCAUAUUCUUGCACCACGUGUGGGAAAGGUUUUACUCAGAGUGGUAGUUUGUUGAGCCACAUGAGAACCCACACGGGGGAGAAGCCGUAUCUGUGUAACACGUGUGGGAAACGUUUCAGUCAGAAUAGCGGUUUGUGGGUCCACAUGAGAAGUCACACAGGGGAGAAACCAUAUUCCUGCAAAACGUGUGGGAAGAGUUUUAGUCAGAGCAGCAGGCUGUCCAUCCACACCAGGAUCCACACUGGUGAGAAGCCGUAUCCCUGCAAAAUGUGUGGGAAAGAUUUUCGCUCUCAGUAUCAUCUGACUGUACACAUGAGAAACCACUCGGAUAAGAAGCCUUACCCUUGUAACACGUGAUGUUUCCAGUGUCCACAGGAGAGUCUGCGUCUUUGUAGCGUAACUUCACAGGAUGAGUUGGCUGCUUCCAGCUGCUGCUCAUGUUUGCCCUUCCUGGGUUUAUGUCUCCAGCUGAAUUGAACCAGCAACCUCUCACUUGGCAAGCAGCUGUGUUACCCAUCACACUAUGAAUCCUCUUAUUUCACCGAUUAACAAUUUGUGUAUAAAAAGUGUUUGAAUCUGGGAAAAAGUCAGUUUCUGAACUGCAGGCUGAACCGAUGCUUGGCUCAUAAAGUCAGUUGGGUCUGGUUCUCUGUCUACCAGCAACUAGAUGGAUCACUGGCAGAAGCACAGGAACUAAACAGGACUGCAGCCAUAGAUCACGUGUUUUAAUGGGUAUCAAUCUGGCAGUGAUAUAAAAAGUCUGAUCAGUAGAAAUCAGUUCCUGGGUUCUGUUUUCUAUAAAAGCUGUUUUGGAGGAUUUCUUUGAGACUCUGGAAGAAAACAUGUUUGAUGACGUCUCUGCUUCAGUAGAAUCAGCAGCAACAGUGUAAAAAUGACAAAGAUGCAGCUCUGAACUUCCGCCUGCAUCACACUCGAGGUUUUCUUCUUUACCUCCAUCACUCUGUUUGCACCUGAACGUUUAAUGGAAGAUGUUUGACUGUCUGGACCACCUCAGUGAUUUUUGGAUUGAACUCAGAUGUUGAAGUUUGUGUUUCAAGCAUGCUCUGUUUUGUGUUCUCAUCUUUUUAAACAUUAAAGUCGUUAGAGCUGACACUAACAAACUGUAUGAGCUGUUUGACCUGUCGAUGUGAAAGGAUCUUUAUAAAUAAAGUUUCCUUUGUGCUU